AUGGCAUAUUUCACAAGGACUUUUCAAACACAUCAGAAUGACUCUUGCUUAACUGGAAUAUCUUCCGGGUUUUUGUAUUUUUUUUCGUUUUAUAUGCUGAACGAAUUUCUAACAUGGAAUGACUCCCAAGUGAAAAAAAUAAUCGAGACAUAUAUGAAUCUCAGAAUCUCAGAAUCUCAGAAUCUCAGAAUCUCAGAAUCUCAGAAUCUCAGAAUCUCAGAAUCUCAGAAUCUCAGAAUCUCAGAAUCUCAGAAUCUCAGAAUCUCAGAAUCUCAGAAUCUCAGAAUCUCAGAAUCUCAGAAUCUCAGAAUCUCAGAAUCUCAGAAUCUCAGAAUCUCAGAAUCUCAGAAUCUCAGAAUCUCAGAAUCUCAGAAUCUCAGAAUCUCAGAAUCUCAGAAUCUCAGAAUCUCAGAAUCUCAGAAUCUCAGAAUCUCAGAAUCUCAGAAUCUCAGAAUCUCAGAAUCUCAGACUCUCAGAAUCUCAGAAUCUCAGAAUCUCAGAAUCUCAGAAUCUCAGAAUCUCAGAAUCUCAGAAUCUCAGAAUCUCAGAAUCUCAGAAUCUCAGAAUCUCAGAAUCUCAGAAUCUCAGAAUCUCAGAAUCUCAGAAUCUCAGAAUCUCAGAAUCUCAGAAUCUCAGAAUCUCUAUGAAGAUGAAGCGGAAUACUUCGAUGUGGACGCGUAUCUGGAAAUGCUAAACAACGAAGAAAAAGCCGAAGAAGAACUCCAGGAUCAGUAG